UGUCCUAAGAAAUCCACUUUGUGCUGGGCAAAGCGACACUUGCUCAGCUUGGCGUAGAAGCCAUGUCUGCGCAAGCGGUCAAGGACGUCGCGGAGGUGUCUGAGGUGCUCCUCAAGGGUACGAUUGUAGACCAGGAUAUCGUCGAGGUAGACGAGAACGUACUGCACCAGGAUGUCCCUGAAGAUGUCGUACAUCGCCCUCUAAGAGGUAGCGGGUGCAUUGGUGAGGUUGAAUGGCAUCACCGUGAACUCGUAGUGGUCGAAUCGCGAUCGGAACGCGGUUUUCGGCUGGUCGGCUGCAGCGACGCGGAUCUGAUGGUAACCACUACGAAGAUCAAUCUUCGUAAAGAAGCGGUUGCCUGCGAGGCGGUCGAACAGCUCAUCGGAACAAGGCAUGGGGUAGCUGUUCUUAACCGUGUAGCGGUUGAGACCGCGAUAGUCGAUGCAGAGACGGAGAGUUCCAUCCACUUUGCGAGCAAAGAGGACGGGUGCACCCCACGGGGAGUUGCUGGGUUUAAUGAAACCCAGUCUCAGGAGCUCCUCAAGCUGACGCUUGAGUUCGGUGGCCUCGGGGAUCGAGAGUCUGUAGGGUGCCUGGUGGUGAACACGAUAGUCAGGCACAAGCUGAAUGGAGUGCUCGACGUCACGCAUAGGUGGGAUGCCGGCGUACGAAAACGACGAUGGGAAAACGUCGUGGUACUCUCAGAUGAGGUCACGAACUGCGGGCUCCAGGUCAGCCGUAUAUCGUGCGAGUUCCUCAGCGUCGGCGUCCGCGUGCGACGGCGGGGUGGACUCGACGGACGGCGGAGGGACGGAAGUAGAGAUGGGAGCCAUGGAGAUAGAAGGAGGAUCUGGCUCCAAAGGGAUGAGCUCGGUGUCGGGACAGGGUGGAUCAUAGUGUAAGAGAUCCGUCACGUUCACCAUAAAGAAGGUGACAUCGUCCUGUCGGAUGAAGGGGGCGAACUGCCGAGGCGAGGUGACAGUGAUAGAAGGAGGUGGUGUGGGAACAGAAGGCUCCGGGGGAGGAGGAUCGGGGCGUGGUGUCGUGGUGGUACCUAUGAAAGGUACGCGAUACGUCUGUCCACACUUCAUUUUGAGAACGAGAGUGUUGGUCGUCCAAUCGGCCUCGGUGCUGCAGAACCGACGAGACCACGGAGUGCCGAGAAUGAAGUCGUACCCCGUCU